GAUUAAACAUCACGAGAAUAACAACUUCCGGUUAACUGGUCAUUGCAAUUCCUAGAUUUAUUUUACCCUUUUUUUACAUAUUCCAGUAAAUCAACAUGGCACUUAGCGAUCAAGAUGUGCAGAAGCAGAUCAAGCAUAUGAUGGCUUUUAUUGAGCAAGAAGCAAAUGAAAAGGCAGAAGAAAUUGAUGCUAAGGCUGAAGAGGAAUUUAAUAUUGAAAAGGGGCGACUGGUACAGCAGCAGAGAGUAAAGAUAAUGGAGUACUAUGAACGCAAGGAAAAGCAAGUGGAACUUCAGAAGAAAAUUCAGAACUCCAACUUACUAAACCAGGCUAGGUUACGUGUACUGAAAGCCCGGGAGGAUCAUUUAAAGACAUUGAUUGAAGAUGCAAGGAAACAGCUUGGAAAAAUAACAUCUGACAAAGCCAAGUACCAGAAGUUGCUGGAGGGACUUAUAGCUCAGGGGCUGUUCCAGUUGUUGGAGCCAGAGGUUACCAUCAAAUGCAGACAGCAAGAUAUUGAUCUAGUCAGGGAUGCAUGGCCAGCAGCUGUGGAGACAUACAGGAAUGCUACAAAGGGAAAGAAAGACGUAAAAAUUAAUGUAGAUACUGACAAUUUCCUCCCAUCUGAUGUAUCUGGAGGGGUAGAGUUGAUGGCUCAGAAUUACAAGUUUGUAGUAGAGAACACAUUAGAAAGUCGUCUUGACCUUAUGAGCCAACAGAUGGUUCCUGAUCUUAGAACAAUGCUGUUCGGACGCAAUCCAAACAGAAAAUUCACAGAUUAAUGUAGACCAAUGUUUAGACUAGUCACGAUACAUUCCCAUAUCAUUAAUAAUAUAUUUAGGUGUAAACAAAUUUUUGAGGAAAGAAAAACGUUAGAAUUUUGUAUAUCAAAAACAAGUCAUUACGCUAUCAUGUACAUAAAGUUUGUUUUAUGCAAGUGCUAUAGUGUUGUCACAUGAACUAGAAAUCCACUGUCAUAUUGCCAUGUCAAAUUGAUCACAGUAGCAUUGACGUAUUCAUAUUCAAGAUUUUAGUUACUUGCGGAGAACAGGUUUGUACUGGUACAGAACCCAGGAACACUGGUUAGGUUAACUGCCCGCCGUUACAUGACUGAAAUACUGUUGAAAAACGGCGUUAAACCCAAAACAAACAAAUCAAGAUUUUAAUGUGUUGGGAUUAUUGUAAAAAAAAUUUGUUGAAAGAUGUUUGUAUAUUUAUAGGGAAAUCCUGUAGGUAUAGUUACAGUUAAAAGCUAUUGAUAUAGCUACAAGUUGUAGGUAUAUUAAUAGUUAAAAGCUGUAGGUUUGAAAUUCCGAGAGAGAAAGAUAAUAUAUAUAUAUAUCAUUCCUAGUGUCGUUUUUCAAAUUGAGGUCUUAAUUUAAUGAAUUCAGUGACUGAAAAUAUCUAAUUUGCUGUAGCAGGGUAUCAACAGUAUAAACUAUUGUUUACAUAGUGCAGAGUUCUGAAAUACAUUUAAAGUGUUAGCACUGAUUGAGAUAAUGAAUUAUAAAGAUUAUUUUCCACCUUUUAUCAUUUUAAAAAAUCGUCAACUGUUUUAAGUCUGCCAAACCAAUAUAUAUUCAUUGUUACAUGUAGUUGCAACUGCUGCCUAUUUUUCAGAAUUGUUGGGACAGUUUCUAAGAACAAAAACCUGUAUUACAAGCAGAUUCUUCCAAUACUUCUGAAACUUUUCAAAAAUGUAUUGUUUAUGGAUGUGUGAGAGAACGUGGACUUAGCUAUUUGUUGUACAAAUGCUUCUGUUGUUGUAAUUCAGAUCUAGUCUAAUCCAGAUUUUUAUACAUAAUUUUGUAGAUAGUUUUAUUUGUUUUGUAUAAUAUUUAUAGAUAUAUAUGUAGUUUUGAGUGUCAACGACAAAAUGUAAUCAUGUUUAACUGAUCUUUAAAAGCAGCUAUAUUGAAGUUCAUUUUACAACAGGUUUAAGAUUUGAAUAGGUUACAGUGCAAAGUUUAUACAGUGGGUAAAAAUACCUAGUACAUAUACCAUACAUAAUACAGGAACUUCACUUAGGACACAAACUAAACAAGUUUCAAAUCUUAUUGAUAUUUUUGCUUGUCUUAGCAAGUUUGUUCAGUAUACAGUGCUUAAGGCUGCCUGGUCAGAUAGUUCCAGUUUAAUCUCAGACAAGUCUCGUAUCUUAGAAGUAAAUAUUGCCCAUCUUUGCAGCAAUAUGUAAAAUAUUUUUUCACCAUGCAAGAACAUUAUCUCGUUAAUAAUUUGGGAAUGCUGAACAUUCAUCAGACUUUCCCGUCUUUAAUUUCGUGUCAGAACGGAGAUCAGUUAAACAACCUUGUUGUCACUCCUCAUCAGAAAACGUGCUGUGAUGCGUCUGUGAAUAGCCACUUUAUUAUAUAUCACGUAUCUUAGAUAUGUUACUGACGCAAUACUGUUAGAUGUUUGUGUUUGCACUAGAAUAAUCAAGAAAUCAUGUAUAAAAUAACAAAAUUGUGUCAUAUAUGCAAUAUCUGCCUGAAUAACUGCCAUAUAAUAAUUAGUUAUUUAUUAAAUAUGUAAAUCUCAACUGUUGCACUUAUAAAUUGAGUAUCAACUUAGAAGAAGCUACUUGAUAUUCAGCAGUGGUAAUAGAAUUUCAAAUUAAUCUUGUGCAGUUUUAUCUUUUUUGCGUUUUUGAAGCUGUGAUGUCCCAGAUUGCUUUCAACAACCUCGCAAAUGUUUUAUCAUUUAUAAGAAACAUGCGCUGGACAAAAAUCAUGCAGACUGGAGUUUCAACAUACCCAGUGGUGAAUGUUAAAGACGAAAUUCUGAAACAUUAGCUUUGCACAGCAUGGCUUCUCCUUGGUGGUAACUUAACAAGUACCAACAUGUAACAGUAGUUAUCUGCACGUCUAUUACAUAGUUUUCAUACUGGAAGCUAGAUUUAAGCGUUAGAAUCAUUAAAUCAUUACGCAAGCUCUAUAUGCUGAAUCAGCAACAUUGUGUAUCUGUGACUUACUUUGCUACAACACAUUUUGUGAAUAAUUAUUAGAUCAUGUAACCAUAGCUCAUUUUCAUUGCAAUCAGCAUUGGUACAGUGCAAUUGAAGAAGUUGCAAACUGGAUAAAAACAGGAAUUUUUGUCUGAAGUUGAAUCAGACUUUCAUGUUGCAAAAAUAAUACAGGGCUAUUGUCUAGUUUCUGGAAACUUUGUAGUACUUUAUGACAGAAUUGUCUUCAAUCAAUGUAGCUCACAUGUUUGGUUAAAAAAGGUUUACAGAAGCAGUGAAACCAACACUUCAGGUCUCUUUCACAAGGCUGAGAGUUUGUCUCAAUUUAUUUAGGCAGGGCUUAUUCAGGAUGUGGGUUUAGGCAGAUUAUAGAAAGCUACAGUAUAUAGACAUUUACAAGGUAACGCCAAGUGUAUGCGAGCAUAUACUGAAUCUUGUGCUAGAAAUAAAGAAACUAUAAAACUUAAAA